UGAACCAGCCGUCUAGGCCCAACAAGAAUGUGAGUCUCGCUCAUUGGAAGUUAAAGAUAGAGGUGACACAUGCUGGAUCCUGACUGGCUCUUAUUUCAGUCGGCUGCCAAGAACUCUAUGGGCCACUUUUGUUGAUUCGACCAGACGAAAAGCUUUAUUAAAAGUUGUGGACUUGUUGUGGUCGCUCAUAAAUAAGCUAGAAGAGGAUCAUGGUGCUUUCCGAAGGAAAGAUCGAAAAGUCAGGCAGCUACAGCAGUGCCAUGGCAGACAGAAGACAACUGUUUGCUGAAAUGCGUGCACUCGAUCUGGACUCUAUCAGAUUGGCCACAUACAGGACAGCAUGCAAGCUGAGAUUCAUUCAGAAGAAGUGCAAUUUGCAUUUGGUGGAUAUCUGGAAUAUUAUCGAGGUUUUCCGGGAAAACAGACUCUGCGCCAUGGACCUCAGCACAGAGUUCUCAGUGUCACAUUUGCAAGCAAUACUGUCCAGCAUCUUUUCCCAGCUAAACAAGCGCUUGCCCACAACCCACCAGAUCAAUGUUGACCAGUCCAUCUCAUACCUCCUCAACUUCCUGUUAGCGGCCUACGACCUGGAAGGAGUGGGAAAGAUCUCCGUUUUUGUGGUGAAGAUGGCCCUGGCUGCUCUCUGUGGAGGGAAGAUUUUGGAUAAACUUAGAUAUGUAUUUUCACAGAUAUCAGACCCAAACGGAGUGAUGAUCUACUCACAGUUUGACCAGUUCCUAAGAGAGGUACUCAAACUGCCCAUGACGGUUUUUGAGGGACCAUCUUUUGGUUAUACUGAGCAGUCCACAAGAACCUGUUUUCCACAAGAGAAAAAGGUCUCGCUCAAUGUGUUUCUUGACACGUUCAUGUCAGAUCCUCCUCCUCAGUGUCUGGUUUGGUUACUGCUGAUGCAUCGGUUGGCAAAUGUUGAGAACGUCUUCCAUCCUGUGGAGUGCUCCUACUGCCACAGCCAGAGCAUGAUGGGAUUCCGCUACCGGUGCCAACAAUGUGAUAAUUACCAACUCUGCCAAGAGUGUUUCUGGAGGGGCCAUGCCUCGGGAAGCCAUAGCAACCAGCACCAGAUGAAGGAGUACAUGUCAUGGAAAUCUCCAGCUAAGAAGUUGUCCGAUGCUCUCAGUAAAUCUCUGAGUUGUGCCUCCGGUCGAGAGCCUCCUUACCCGACGUUCUCCGAAACAUCCGAGAAACCACUCAACCUCACUCAUGUAGUGGACACAUGGCCUCCCCGACCUGCGACGCAGUGGAAGUGA